CAGCACCCAGCACCCAGCACCCAGCAAUACGCCAUUAUCAAAAGCCCCCCCACCUUAUAGCUAGAAAGGUGGGAUAGCGAGGCCCUAACCUUCAUCUCUCCGCUACCAGAACCAGUUGCGCGCCCUUGUUCAAUUUCCUCAACCUCAUCAAGACCCUCCACCCUUCCAUUCUAUAAGACCAGCCAGCAAGAUGUGGCGCUUGUUGGCCGCCAUGAAGCAGAACCUUCAGAAUAUCAGGACCAGCGCACGAGUCGCCGAUGAGAGCGUGCUCGGAGGUGGAGACGGAGCUCAGUUCCCCAUGUUUGCUCACGAUGUGGAGCGCAGACGGCGUGGAUGGAACGGGUUGUCCGUUCUUUGUAACAUUGUUCGAGCACCUCUCUCCUUUCUGUCUUGCAUCUCUAACCCUCAUGUAAAUGGCGCUGAUGGUGUCUGGGUUUCCGGUGAGUUUGCUCGUAUAUCCGAGCUGAAUCAUCUCAUGGUAAGCGACAGCAUGCGCUACGCAAUUUUAAUGUAGAGAAAACCUAUAUCUGCUCUAGGUAUAUGUGACUACGAUGGUCGAUGCAUGGUUUUCCCAUUUCGAUAGUCGAUCGUUUUUCUCUCUUUCUGUCUUUCUCUCUUUAAUCUCAAUACAGAGCGGAGUCGGCAAUUUAUGUCCUGGCCGGAGGAGACAAAGAAGCAUCCAUGUUGAGUUGAUUUGACGAUCAUCUAUGUUGUUACGUGAUGUUGGUAUCUGUAACUUGGUGUUUAUAUCAUAUGUACCUAGAAAUUAAUUAAUAAUAUUAUACAAACACACACCGUGAGAGUUAGAGAUCA